CUCCUGGCAAAGGCUAAGGCGUGGCUCGUGAAGUACGGCUUGGGCUUCACUAUCCUGAUUGCUGUCGUGUGGCCCGUCCUCUCGCUCCCAGCCGGCGUUUUCACCAAGGACUAUUGGAUCUUCUGGGUCUUCGUCAGCAUCAGCUGGGCUUUCAUCGCCACUGUUACCAUCAUCUUCCUUCCGCUGUACGAGUCCAGGGGGUCCAUUCUCGGCGUCUUCAUGUUCAUGUUGUGCCUGAAGAAGGCGGAGAAAGCGGAGCCCGCGAAGAGCGAGGAGGCACAUCAGCUGGCACGCAGCGAGGGCGGGCGCGCAGCAGGCGGAGGCGAGGGCGUCGCGUCGGGGCACGCCCUCGCCAGCCAGUCGCGAGGUGCACCUUCGCCUGCUGCCCAUGGCCAGGAGCCAGCCACGCUUCAGCCAGCACGCCGCGAGGCGGAUUUGGGUCACACUGCAGCUUCCCCAGAGCAGCAACGCGCAGCUCCCUCUGAGCAGCACCGCGCAGCUUUCCCCGAGCAGCAGGCGCCUCGGGAGCAGCACCGCGCAGCUCCCUCUGAGCAGUACCGCGCAGCUCUCAUGGGGCAGCAGGCGCCGCUUAGGCGCAUCACCACCGCUCACCUCAACAGGAGCAGCACCGCUGACAUUAAGACACUGCUCCAGGGGCAGCUGGAGGAGCUGGGCGAGAUCUCGUCGCUGGUCGGCCGCGAGGGUGGCUCUGGCGGGUGCGCAACAGGCGGGGGCGAUGGCGUCGCGUCGGGGCACGCCCUCGGCAUCCAGCCGUUCGGUGCACCUUGGCCUGCUGCCCCUGGCCAGGCGCAUGCUGACGCCGUCGGUCUGUCAGCGCAGCGCUCACCAGAGUCCUGUGUCGCCUCUGGCUGGCUGCCGCAGGGCGAGCGGUCCGUGGGCAGCGCCGACGACGACUUCAUGCAGAG